AUGUCGAUAAUUUUCUUCCCGAUCUCUUUGCUGUAUCACGAAUUUCACGAAAUUUGUUCUCGUAUCGUCAGAUUCCUUGACUCGAAGAAAAAACCAACUCCUCAACAGGAACAAGAGCAGGAACAAGAGCAGGAACAAGCACAGGGACGACAAAAUCAUCAAAUACUCUCCAUAGACGACCAGAGCAACAACCAUCAAAUACUCUCCAUAGACGACCAGAGCAACAACGAAGAUAAGAAAAACACUAUUCCUCCAGAUACUGAGAAUCACAAUACCAAUAAUACAACUCCAACCGCUGCUAUAACCGAAUCAACAACUGAAUUAACGACUGAGUCAACAACCGAAGAAAUUCCUCCAUCUCUGAGGAUGGGACAAGAUGGAAAGGUGAAUUGCGGUGCGCGUCUUAAAGAACUUCGCAGAUGUAUCGACAUUGGUGUAUGGACUCCAAAUGCCUCCAAGCCUAAUUAUCAUAUUCGUUUCUAA